AUGGGGCACGUGCUGCUUCUUACUGGAUUUCUGAUCGGUCUUUCAGCGAUUGGACCCGUGAGGGGGCUUGGCCAAGCAGAUGAUCUGCCUGGGUGGCUGGGCGAAAGUCAUCAGACCAGCAAACAGCUGCAGGCAGACACAAUUCAGCAGGUGGUCUCCAAAUCCAGCUGGCACGUCGAUCCAACAAAAGUGGAGCACUUGUCCUGGAAACCCAGGGCUUGGGUGUACCAUGGCUUCCUGACUGACGAGGAGUGCGACCAUCUAGUGGAGCUGGCGCGGGGCAAUCUCGAGCAGAGCGUGGUGGUAGAUGACAAGACGGGGGGUGGCAUUGUGAAUGAGGGGCGCACCAGCUCCGGCAUGUUCCUGCGUAAAGCUCAGGCCCGCGACAAGCUCCAGAAGUCGACCGUGGCUGAUAGCACCUCGGGGGAGAGCGUCCCGAGCGAAGUGCGCACCAGCUCUGGCAUGUUCCUGCAAAAGGGCCAGGACGAGAUUGUUGCACGAAUAGAAGCCAAGAUCGCUGCAUGGACCUUCAUUCCUGUUGAAAACGGCGAGUCAAUCCAGGUGCUGCGCUACGAGCACGGCCAGAAAUACGACCCGCACUUCGACUUCUUCCACGACAAGUACAACAUCCAGCUGGGGGGCCACCGCAUUGCCACCGUUCUCAUGUACCUGAGCCACGUAGGCAAGGGCGGGGAGACGGUCUUCCCCAAGUCCGAGCCCGACACCCGCUUGAAGGACGACACCUGGUCCGAGUGCGCCAAAAAGGGGGUUGCAGUCAAGCCGAAGAAAGGAGACGCGCUCCUGUUCUUCAGCCUGCACCCCGACGCCUCCACCGACGACAACAGCCUGCACGGGGGCUGCCCAGUCGAGCAGGGCGAGAAGUGGAGCGCCACCAAAUGGAUGCACGUGGCGUCCUUCGAUAGGCCGAAGGUGGAUCCAAAUGGAUGUGAAGACGUCAACGAGCAUUGCGAUCAAUGGGCAGCUCAAGGGGAAUGUGAGAAGAACCCGGACUACAUGGUGGGUUCUCCACAAUAUGCUGGAAGCUGCCGAAAAAGCUGCAAAGUGUGCUGAAGUAGCAAAUCGGCUCUGUUGGGAGCAAGCAAAGUUUGGACUGAUCGACAAAAUCGUUGGACUGAUGGGGAGUUUCAGCAUAUUCGAGUGAGUGCAAUUCACUUUGGGCAUGCUCUUCUACUUUUCAUUGGAGUCGCAUAGUAGAGCGUGUACCAUUGUAGGACUUGUAACUCGAGUGAUUCCACAGGAUGUUCUCCAAUGCCUGUUUGAGGCCCUAGAAGGAGAAAGCCAUGACUUGACUUGAUGUUGCUGCAAUUAAUUAGACGUAACUAGGUAGCUUGGCCACUUCGAUAUCGGAUGCAGCAACUCCGUGCAACUCGCCACAGCAUUGCAGCGAGGUCUUCAAGCAGAAUUUCUACUUUACAUAUAUUGAUGUGCAGACCACCGUUGAAAGAUUGAAGGGUUUGAGGCGAUGCAUGACUGCCUUUUAAAAGCAACUUGCACAUAGUGCUACUAAUGCUAC